CGGCUACAGUGUUGGGCGCCUUCUUAAUCACGUGAUCAGAAUCCGCCAUAUUCACCAAAUAGUGUUGAAAACUUAUCAUGGAUGACAUUAAGUUUCCUUUACUAUAAAUAACGAUUCCGGUUUAAAGGUGUUAAAUUAUAUGAAUGAUGGCUGACAAGGCAUCUGGUGAUGUCAAAAAGAAGGAAACCACAGAUCACGUAAAGAAAAAUAAUGCUACAAACGGAGAAGUACAAAAAGAGAGGAAAAUUACUGAUGAAAAAAAUGUCACUGAGAAUGGAUAUAGUUGCAAUGGAAAGACAGAAGAAUCAGAACAUAACUCAGAUGAUGUUUCAAGUGAAAACGAUUGUGAGGAUGUUAAAAGUGACUCCAGUGUAAGUUCUGUAAAGAGUAAGACCAACAAAGAAAAGUCAUCUUAUCAUGAAACUGUAUCCAAUAAUUCUGGUGUUAUUGAUACUUGUAAAAAGAAAACAUCUAAAAACCAAGAAAUAGAAAACACUGACCAAGAGUUCGAAGCAGCUGAUGUCAUUCCAGAAUGUGAUAAAAUAAUCUGUGAUAUUGACACACCUAAACAAAAGUCUGGGGCUACAAAAUCAAAAGUUAAACCAGAUGACGUUGAAAACAUUGAUAGUAGUGAUGGUGAUGAUAUAACAGAUGCUAGCAUGAAUGAAAAGGAUAAUUCUCUUCCUGAAAAUACUUCUGAGAAAGAUGGUGACAUUCCAGCUAAAAAAGAUAAAGAAGGUGAUAGUGAAAAAGAGAAUAAAAAGAAAAUAUCUACCCUUGAUGACAAUAGUAUGGAUGUUUCAAUAGAGGAAAUUCAAGAAAAAGAACCUGAUAAGAAGAGAGGGAAAAGAUCAUCAGAAAGGUUGGACUCAGCUGGUGAUGAUAUUGAGAUUAUUGGAGAAUCUAAGGUUGUGCAAGUUAAUACAAAUAAAAAUCUCUCACAAAAUGUAGUUUUUGUACCAGCUUCUCUGACUAGCUCAGGAUCUUCAAAAAGUGCAGCAAAUCAAGGUUUCACUGCAACAAACAGUAACCUUCUGAUUACAUCUUCCUUACAGAACCCUGUAGCUGUUCAAAAUAUUGCCGCUUCCGCUCAUGCUAAUGUGCCAUCUUUUUUGGCAUCAGGAGCAUCUAAUUCAUCACCAGGUUUUGUUUAUUCUGCAGCUGGUGGUCAAGUUUCUCAGGGUGUGUCUCUGCUCACGCCUAUUGUUGCACCUCCAAAGCCUAAAUCUAGUUUGGACCAAAUCGAGCUUAUAAGGUGGGAAAUUCAAAAUAGAAUAAACACCCGUCCUAAGUAUUUUAAGCCUAAUUCCUCCUCUGAAUUAGGUCCUCUAGCAAAAUUCUUAUUUGACAUAGGCUCAGACUUGAUCAAAGAAUCUGUCUAUCAUGAUCUUGUAAAGAUACAGUCUAAAAAGAAUGAUGAUGAAACACUAACUGACAAAGAAAGAGAUGACUUGGAAAAGUUGAAAGAAAUUGAGAAAGAUCUAUAUGCCACUAUCGGACACUUGAAAUUAAAAUUGAAAAAGCGUUGCAAUGGUUGUAACUUUCAAACUGAAUCCAAUAAUGUCAUGUUUUUACACAAGCAAUAUCCUCACGAGGACAACAAAAAUUUAAAGUGUGCUCAUUGUUCUUUUAUAACAAGGCAGGUAGUGACAUUUAAGUUUCAUUUAGAAGCUGAGCAUGGAGUUCAGCCAAAACUUCCUGAGAAAAGAGCUUUCUUUGAAUGUGAUAUGUGUCCUUAUGAGAAUAAUCAGCAACAGAAGUUAAUAUUACAUAAACAGCGGUGUAUCAAACAGUUUCGGCCUUUAUUUAAUCUUCACCCUGGUUGCCUUUCCGGUGCCGAAAUUAACUUGUGUUUAGAAAACAUAUUUUACAAACCAGUUAUUCCAAAGAAUUUGAAGAUAUUACAGCAAAAGCAUGCUCAACAACAAGCUGCACUAGCCGAGGCCAGACGUCAGCAAGCUCAAAUGCAGGCCCUAGCAGCUCAAAAGAAUGCUGCUGCUAUUGCACAAAGGAAACAGCAGCUGCUUGCACAGCAAAAAUUUCAGGCUCAACAUCUAACCCCUCGAAUAACAGCAGGUGGUAAAAUGCCAGUUCCUCCCAAAGUCGCUGGCGUUCAGCAACCACAGAUUCGCUACAAUGUCAGAACUUCAAGACCAACAGUUGCCAACAUGUUGAAUGUUAAACAAAAUCAAGGGACACCCCCUGCAUCAGCUACACCCAACAGCACUGCUGGUGGGUUUGAAGUUUGUGAAAUUUGUGGUGGGUAUGUGAAAGAUCGCAAGGCUCUUCGCAUUCACUUCUUUUAUGCUCAUAGAAUUGACUUGCCUUUUAACCUAUUUGAGCGUCACCAAGCACCUUUGUACUGUGCUACAUGCUACGUUAGAUUUUGGACAGCUCAAGGUCUACGAAAACAUAUAGAUACCCACAAGGAAGAAAACCAAACUCGUGGAGUUGUUGGUAAAUGUAUCUCUUGUGGUCAUCAUGUACUUAAUCUCUUAUUACACAUGCGCAUUGUUCACAACAGAGAAAUGCAGCAUUAUAUUAAUGCUUUGAUGUGUAUGUUUUGUGGUGGACAUUUUACCUCUCGUCAGGAAUGUGAACGCCAUAUAGUAAAAACUCAUGGUACAAUAGAUCCUCUAACAGGAGCCUUGAAGUCAGGUGGAGCUGGUGGUGGUGCUACCCCACCGGCAGCAAAUACAAAAAUAGCAGUAGCGCCAAAGAAAACGCCAGGGACAAACAGUUCUGUAAAAGGCAGUGUCUGUGUAUUGUGUAAUCUAAAUUUUGGGCGCAAUGUGGACCUCACACGUCACUGUAUGCGCAUGCAUCACACUUGUAUGAAGUGCGGAAUGGUAGUGAUUGACAAGGCAUCCUUAAUGAAACACACCUGCCUGUCUUCACCUAGUGGCACUCGAGAUUGCACCAUGUGUAGUGAAACUGGUUUCCAUCCAGCAUAUUAUGUGAAACAUUUGAGAGAUAAACAUUUGAAAAAGUUCUCUGUUAAAAUCAGUAAGCUGAGCAAAAGAACAAUUGAAAAGUGGACAAAACGCCCAUAUCCAUUUGAAGACCCAGAAGAGAUUCUAGUUGAAAUUUCAGAUUCGGAUGAAGAAAAGCCCCGCAAAAAGCGUAGAAUGGGACCAGCAUGCAAAGUUGGAAGGCGCCGUGAAAAUUAUACCAAGUCUGACGUUGUGCUAGUUAAAGAUGAUGAUGAUAGUGAGGUGGUCGAAGUAGAAAAUCAAAACAAUAGUAAAACAGAUUCACAGAGUGAUUCCGCUACACAUGAGCCUAAGGGUCAUAAAGAAGAAGAGUCCAUCUCCACCCACCAAACUAAAGUUGACAGUGUUCAAGACAUUAACACAAAUACAAAUGAUGCUAAGGAAAAGAAUUGUAAAGAUGUAGAAAAUGACCAUCCUACAGAUAAUGCUAAGGAAAAGAAUUGUGAAGAUGAUAAUGUUAAAGAAGAUGAAGGCAGUGCUGUCUGUGAGACACCUGAUACUGCAGAGAGCAACAAAAGAAAAUCCUUGCCUAAUUCACCAAGCUCUGAAAAUGAAGAAUCAUCUGCAAAGAGGCAAAAAACAGAUUCAUAAGGCCUUAUUCAUGUGCUGCUUAAAUCACAUCUUCAAUCUCAUUCCAUUUAUUUCCAUUUGUAUAGGCAAUAUUUUUAAGGUGAAGUUGUGGUUGAUUCCCUUGAACCUAGUUUUGUUAAAGUUUUUAUUAUUUAGUAAACUUUUGUAAAUGUGAUCCUACUUGUUUUGUUUAGAAAUAAAUCUUUAUUUAGGCUGUAUAAAAUACAAAAAAUAUCAUAUACAAUUAAAAUACUCUGCAGAGUUUAAAUCUGGAAUUAAUGAUUACUUGUGAAUCUAGUUUUAUGAUGAUGUGUUUGUCUGAUACACCAUUAAUUUAUACUGUUAAAUCAUUUUAAAAAAUCAAUUGAUUAGGGCUCAAGAUCAGAGCUCACAUUUUUAAAAGUAGUAUUUAACAUUUUGGAUUCCUGUUAAUCAUAAAUACCAAGGCUUUUUUUUUUUAAUUUCUACAUUGCUACACAUAACAUGGAUAGCUGUAUAGAAUGUUUUUUAUAUUUAAAGAGAAAUUGUAUUGUUCAUGCUGCAAGUACCACACCUUGCAAUUGUCUUACACUUUACAGCGGUAAAUUUUAACUUGCUGCUCUAAAGUUAGGUCAUUACCUUAUAUUUUAGUAAUAGACUAGUACAAAUUACUAUUCUGUGUUGAGUAAAUUACCUGUAAAUUAAUGAGGUGCCUUGUAGUUUUGACUCAUGAAUGAUUUUAAAUGUGAAAACAGGUUGUUACAAAUGUUUUUAAAAAUGCUUAAAGAUAACAAUUUUAAGUGGCAGUUUGGUUGUUUUGUUUUUUUUAUGUAGGUAUUUUUCUUUUUUUAAAAUAACUAAAAGCACCAACAUCCCUUGCAUUUUUUAUGUAUUGUACAUUUAAUUUUUAUCCUAAAUUGUUUUUUUAUUUCAUAUUUUGGGGAGUAAUUAUAAAAUAUCCAUAAUAUAUUAAUGUUUGUAAACUGACAGACUUUGCAAACUUCCUAAUUUUUUCUUUUGUUUUUUUUUUUUUCAUCAAAUUUCUUGAUGGUUGGUAAUUAAUAAUAAUAAUGUCAUUCAGAGGGAGAUCUUAGAAUUUUCUAACUAUUCAAAGACAAAUUUUAAAUGAGUGGAAUCUGAAUACCAGACAAGUGGGGGACAGAGGUGAUGUAGAUAUGGGUGCAAACCACAUUGUUUCUGAAUGAGACUAAGACCACAUGAUCCUCUUUUUUUUUUUUUUAAAUCCCUUUUUUUUUUUUUUAACUAUGUAUAUAAUAUGCACGUAAACGCAUUAUGAUGUAUUUCAUAGAUAAUCAUGGUGAAGGUGAUCAGAAAGAUGCAUAUUAAACUAGCUUUCAUUCUUACAUAAAUUUCUAAAAGUUAUAUGCAAAUAAAAGUUGGCUACUGUUGCUCAGAAUAUUUCUAGGAGAACGGGUAACUUAAAAAUUUUUUAUCUCAAAACUGGAAAUGUUUAAAAUCUCAUAGUACCGGUAUUUGAUUAAGCACUGUUUAGGUACAUCAAAAAGAACCAGGAUCUCUUGACUUGUUACUUCUCACCUUAGCUAUUAUGAAAUGGGGUUGUUUUUUUUUUUUGUUAUUUUUUUCUAAGCUGUGUUGCAUUUUUAGUUAUGAAAUCCAAUGGGUUUAAUGUACCUGAUGCUAGUGGCUGAAUGAGGACAUGUUAAAAAUUCAGAUUCUGGUGGGCAUAUGGACCUAAAAUUCUACUGCUCAGCUUCUUAAGAUUAAUUUGCUUGAGAAAUUUGCUGAUGUAUGGUGUAUAAUUCUAAUACUUGUUUGUUUAGCUGAUUAUUUCAUCUUUUCAUUUGCUUACUUUAAAAUAAUCUGUCAAUAAUUACUAUGAACUUGUAUAUAAAUGUGGUUGUACAAUUUUGUUGAAUUAGUAACCACUACAUAUUAGUGCAUGCAUUAACUUUUAGCAUAUAAAUAUAAUUGUCUAUACAUAUUUAUGAGAUAAUUUUUAUAUUCUUAAACAGUAGUCAUGCAUAAUUUAUUUUGUAUAUAACAAUUGUUUGAAUCACUUUAAAAAAAAACAACCAAGAUAAGUUAUUGGGUAUUGUCGCUGCUGCCAACAUUUACGUAAUCAUAUUUCUAGUCUUGCCUUGUGUUUGACUUACAAAUACUAUCUGUUUGCUCAUAUUUUACUGUAUUCUAUCUUGGUCCAACUGUCUGUUAGUUCAUCUGCUAUGGUUUGUGUCAUUUUUAUUUUCCCCAGAUUUUGAAGCACUUUUUCAUUUAUAUGAGCAAUUGAUUCAAGUUGUUACAUUAUUAAUAAAAAUGUUGUCAGAUA